CCCAAUCGGGAAAAGACUGUGCCUAUAAAGACCGCUGCGGCGGGCUGGAUCCCGGUUCCUCUCCUUGCGCGUCGCUGCGCCGGUGAGCUCGUGUCUCGGUUCGCUAUGGCCCGUACAAAGCAGACUGCCCGCAAGUCGACCGGUGGCAAGGCCCCGCGGAAGCAGUUGGCCACCAAGGCGGCCCGCAAGAGCGCGCCGGCCACUGGCGGCGUCAAGAAGCCGCACCGCUACCGGCCGGGCACCGUGGCCCUGCGGGAGAUCCGGCGCUACCAGAAGUCGACCGAGCUGCUGAUCCGUAAGCUGCCCUUCCAGCGGCUGGUGCGCGAGAUCGCGCAGGACUUCAAGACCGAUCUGCGCUUCCAGAGCUCGGCCGUGAUGGCGCUGCAGGAGGCGAGCGAGGCCUACUUGGUGGGGCUGUUUGAAGACACGAACCUGUGCGCUAUCCACGCCAAGCGCGUGACUAUCAUGCCCAAAGACAUCCAGCUGGCCCGCCGCAUCCGCGGGGAGCGGAGCCACCCACAACUGCACUUGGAAGAAGCUGUGCCACUUGGCCGUGCUCUCCCGGCGGACCCUCGCAUACCCCGGGAGGAGAGGCUGUUAGAGCGGGCAGAGCGUUGGGCUCCAACAGAUAGGCUAAAGAAAGGCCAGGUAUCUGGCCUAGUCCCCUGCUUGCUGGCCGCCUUCCGGGGUGUCAAGAUCUUUGAGCUUGGUCAGUCGGAUUCUCUGGCCUGGCGAGCUUGCCGCUGCGUUCUUGGGCGCGGCCAGGGCGCCCAGUUUCGCUUCUUGGAGGCAGCCACGGGUCCUCCCGUAGGGUCGGGCUCUUCUAGGGCGUCUUCGUACUCGACCUUGGCCCAGAACUGUGACCGCGUCCCGAAUGACAUUCUCCAGGAACACCUUCAACACACCUCGGGUCUCUUCGUAAAUGAGGCCGGAGAUGCGCUUGACUCCCCCGCGCCGAGCAAGACGCCGGAUGGCGGGCUUGGUGAUGCCUUGGAUGUUAUCUCUCAAAACCUUGCGGUGGCGCUUAGCGCCACCCUUGCCCAAGCCUUUGCCGCCCUUCCCUCUUCCAGACAUAGCGAACGAGCUAUCAUGGCGCGUACGAAGCAGACUGCCCGGAAGUCAACCGGUGGCAAGGCCCCGCGGAAGCAGUUGGCCACCAAGGCGGCCCGCAAGAGCGCGCCGGCCACUGGCGGCGUCAAGAAGCCGCACCGCUACCGGCCGGGCACCGUGGCCCUGCGGGAGAUCCGGCGCUACCAGAAGUCGACUGAGCUGCUGAUUCGCAAGCUGCCCUUCCAGCGGCUGGUGCGCGAGAUCGCGCAGGACUUCAAGACUGACCUGCGCUUCCAGAGUUCGGCCGUGAUGGCGCUGCAGGAGGCGAGUGAGGCCUAUCUGGUGGGGCUGUUUGAAGACACGAACUUGUGUGCCAUCCACGCCAAGCGCGUGACCAUCAUGCCCAAAGACAUCCAGCUGGCCCGCCGCAUCCGCGGGGAGCGGGCUUAA